CGCAGCCUUCACGGGUGCUGGACUUGUCGAGUCAGGAGAAAAAAAUGCGACGAACUCCAUCCCCUCUGCUCUAAUUGCACGGGUCUCAACCUGAGCUGUGAUGGGUAUGGACCACGACCAGCAUGGCUGGAUGGUGGUGUGUUAGAGAAAUCCCAAGCUGUGAGGAUCAAGCGCAUCGUUAAGCAGACAAUUAAAAGGCGUUCUCGCAACCUAUCAGGGCCCGUUCCUUUCCCAGAAAUCUCAACCCUUCCGACGGCUCUCCCAACAUCAUCAGUAUCUUCAGAAGAAGACUCUACGUCAGAAAGUGUCGUGUGUAGUACUACUAGUGGGAUUGAUAUUCCUAUGUCUUGGGAUCCUUCAUAUAACGCCUGUCGGAGUUUUUGUCGGAAUGAAGCUGCAUUACUUAUGCAUUACUUGGACCAAGCAUUCUACAGUCGCGACCGUUUUGUCGCUUUUGGAUCGGACCGACUGUAUACUCAAUUUCCCUUUCAUAAUUCCUCUGCCAAUGGCACGGGCCGCGGCUGGUUAUUAACACUUCUAACCGGGGACGAAACGAUCUAUUUUGCAACACUUGCUUUCAGCCAGUACCAUCGUGACUCAAAAUUCUCGAGGAAAAGACCAUCGCUAUUCGAGAAUCUUCGUCCUUCAGAAAGAGUUGACUACUAUAUCUUUGCCUUGAAGGAACUCCAACUGCGUCUAGGUGAAGCUCACACGUGGAUCGGGUCUGAAGGCAUGCUUCGCAGUAUCAAAGCUCUUGCAUGUAUCCUACAAUUUGUCUUCUUGGAGGUUUUCAGUAGUAAUUCGUCUAGUGAUUGGUCUGUUCAUCUGCGGGCAGCCACUGCUUUGCUGCCCCCCUUAGUACAGACCAGAGAUCAUUUUGCAAUAGAGUUGCUUCUCGGUGCCUUCCUGUGGCUAGACAUCCUGGCACAUGUUUCUACGAGAGCCAAGCUUUCCUCACAAUUCAAUCAUGAGGUUCUACUUGAAAGAGGCAAUAUCCAGUUAGAGAGACUAUUCGGUUGCAAAAACUGGGCCAUGCUUCUAAUCUUCAAGGUCUCCCAACUGGAUAAUUGGAAAAGAGAAUGUGAGGAGAACCGAAAACUGAACGUCGCCGAGCUUGUCAGGCAGGGGGUGAAGAUUGAGGCAGCCUUGAAUCAGGGGCUUGCUGGCAUUUUGUCCCAAAAUACAAGUCAGAUGCGAACCUCCUCAAAUUUUACACCAGAAGACCAAUGCUCGGCGAUCACUGAAGUCUUUGCUCUUGCUGCGUUGACGUAUCUUCAUGUAGUGGUUUCUGGCGCUCACCCAGAUCAACCGGAGAUCAAUGACAGUGUUGCAAGAGCAAUGGAUGCCUUGGGAGCUUUGAGAGACCGGAAACUACUAGCUAGAGUUGUAUGGCCAGCUUGUGUCACCGGAUGCAUGGUCUCGGAAGACAAGCAGAAUACCUUUCGAGAUCUUGUGGCUGUAGAGUGUUUCGCACAAGGAGUUCUCGGGACUUUACCACAAGCCCAUGAAAUUGUAGAGCAUUGCUGGAAGGAACGAGAGGCUGGUGCAGGAAAUUGUGAAUGGUUUUCUGCGGUGAAGAGUAUUGGACUGCAUCUUCCUCUG